AUGUUGAGGAGCUGCUUCACGCAAGGUACUCGAUCUGUACUCCCAAUACCUGGGCCGCCAUGCCUUCGCGCCGGUCUCCACACGUCCUCUGUCCUCCACGCAGAAUCCCAGCGCAAGCGCCAGUCGCGUCUGAUUCGAGAGGCGAAUCUUAGCAAGCGUGUCGAGCUUCAGCAACUCGCGACCACAGAACGGCCCCAUGUUGUUCUCGGGACGAAGCCGGGGGACGACAGCAAAUGGGAGUCAUCCGACCUCGCCCGUGUGCUCGUCAGGUCGGACGAGCUGGCACUCUCAUCAAGUCCUCAUGUCAUCUCGCUCCCUGAGGGUGAUAUCAAACUGCCCCAAGCUUUCAAUUAUGGCAUUGGAGAGAAGGAAAAAGAACUUCUGUUCAAGCAUCUUCCUUUCACAACCGCGGAGGGAAACACUCUCCGAAGAGCCGAGAACACUUACACAGUGCGGACGUCUUCGAAUAUGGAAGAGCUGAAGGAGAAAGCGUUGAAGCUCGAGCUCGAGUAUGCCAUUGACAACGCCAACAAGUUUGCGCCGUUGAUUGCUCUGCGGAAUGCGAAUGCGCAGGGCAUCGCGUUCGAAAAUCGGAGGCGGGUUAUUGCUGAAUUCUCUGAGCCGGGAAAACCGAACGACACGGGAAGGCCAGAAGUACAAGCUGCUCUGCUCACGCUACAGAUCCGCAACUUGUGGCAGCAUCUGAGCAAGUUCAAAAGAGAUGUUGCAAACCGACGUAGUUUGCGGAGGUUGGUCCACCAACGAGCAAAAAUUCUUCGAUACUUGAAGGGUUAUAACCGUGAUCGGUACGACCGAGUCCUGCAGCGUCUAGGAUUGGAGCCGGAGAGCGUGGAAGGCGAGCUUGUAGUUUGA